AGACAGAUCUAGUGAAGUUUAAAAGAGAAUGGCUAUUGAUCUUUGACGACUUGAAACCUGGUCUUUCUCUACUGAUUGCAACUGCUGCGGACUGGUUCAUCUACAUCAGCACUUUCCUUGCAAUACGGAACAUGGCUCAGAAAAUGCCAUCCUUCGAAAGCGGUGGAAUCCUCUGGUUCACUGAUCUUACAACUCCAGACAGCUUUUACGUCUUGCCUGCUGUGAUGGGAGUCACUUUCUGGUUUACAACGAUGUCCGACGACUCCUACCAAAGGCAGCAGAAACCAGGAUUUGAAGCCUUUAGCCUUCUUUGUUGGAUCUUUACUACUGUUGCAUUUCAAGCUAUAUUCAGUAUUGAAUCGGCAGUGUUCUGUUUCAUGAUCUCAUCUAAUAUAAUUGGGUAUGGAUUAGAUAUGGCGACAAAAUCACCAAAGGUGAGGAAGUUGCUCAAGAUUAGAAAUCUCCCAGACGGUUCUCCUGAUGGAGUUACGCUCUCCGAGGUGUUAGAGAUAUCCCAGAGGAUCCAAAGUCCCAGUAAAGCCCCGGAUGCCACAAAGAAGGAGCUGUUAAAGGACGUGGCGAGGAUCCAAAGUCCCAAGAAAAUCCGGAAUGCCGCAAAGAAGAAGGGCAAGAACAAGAAGAGGUGAAAACUCAGAGAGUUGUACCUGAACUGAAACUGUUUUAGUCUGUCUUCACUUCAUCUUCUUGGUAGGUUCCUCCUCUGUUCUUAGCCAUGAAAUAAGCCUUUUGGCCUUUUUUCUA